ACAGCCCCAUCGCCGAUUGUUCAUGUCGCGACAUGUUGACAUGCCACCUGCAGCGUGAUCGGGGACCGGCUCCGGUGUCGACGGCUCCGCAGGUGUCAAGAGCCACUGAUGCAAGAGCAGCUUCUUUGACCCCCCAGAGAGGGGGCAGAGGUGGCGCUUUGCAGAGCCUGAGGCGAUUCCCUUGGAGAUGGUCCGCGAGGGGAGCAAAUUGCCUGCGACGCUUGAGCUUUUUCCUGCUGCUGGUGGGAACACAAGCGGACUUAUCUUUCAAGGUAUUCACCAGGGAUCCUCAGGGCUAUGCCUCUCACAUCCGAUUGGUGGAUGGCUCACAGAUUGAGUACUUUUCCGAUGAAUUCAAUGAACUUUGUGCACAAGUUGGUGCAAUCCCCGUCCCCGCCAGCAACCCUUUGGGUGCAGGCUGUGAUGUGGCGGGUGGCAGUUGCGUCCAGGGCAUCAGCCAGCGGUUUCAGCAUCCGCAGGUUCGAACGGUGGACGAAGCCGCACGAGCCGAGCUGCCAGACAUCCAAUACCUGGAUGAUGGACAGCUUGACAAUCCGUACUCUGGGCGUGUCAGUGCUGGCAACUACACAGAGGUUAUCACCACCAAGGAGUUUAUUCCAGAUGGUGACCUGUUGCCGCUGCCCCACACGCGGACGCAGCUCUGUCAUUAUGCACUUAGACUCACUCAGCCUGUGAGUGCGCAGAAUUCAGCCGCAUGGAGUCGAUUCAAACAGUUGGUGUCCUAUGGCUUUGAGACGGAAUUCCAUUUCCGCGUUUUUCACCGUACCAAGGAGUGUUGGAUCGGCGAGUGGUGCGAGCCCGCGGGUGCGGAUGGCUUCGCCUUCGUGGUCCAGAACGAGGGGCGAAAGAUCGUGGGCAAUGAUAUUUCUGGCAAUGGAUAUGGCUUUCGCUACAGUCUGGCAGUGGAGUUCGACAUGUACCGGAACCCUGAUCUUGGUGAGCUUAGUGGCAACCACAUCAGCGUGCACGUCCCACCUCGCAAAGGUGAGCCCAACUCUGCAGAUCAUCGGCUUUCAUCCAUCGCUUACACAGAUGACAUUCCUCCCUUGCAAGAGGGGACUCACGUCGUCCGCAUCGUCUAUGAUGUCAGGAAUGUCCGUUGGGACCGCUAUGGUAACGAUUUCGAUUCUGAUGCCACUGGUGACUUUCUGCGAAUGCAACACAGCGGCCGAGCAGGACUUCUAUCCGUGGAGCUUGAUGGUCGUCGGGUCAUUGUUGUGCCCGUAGAUCUUUCCUACAUCGUCAAUGUGGAUGGCACAGAGAAAGCUUCUGCAAACACACCCAGGCAACCAGACCCGGAAGCCUAUGAUGAGAAGGGCGCCAGCCCAGGAAGGGCCUGGGUCGGUUUCAGCAGCAGCACCAGCUACUUCCAAUUCCAGUCCGUGGACAUCCUUUCCUGGACCUUCCAGGAGUAUGCUGCGUGUCCUCUGGAUGGUGUUGAGGACUCCCGCGCCACGGUGCGUGGUCAGGGACCGGAGGUGCACUGCAUUAUUCGCAUGGGAACCUUAGGGCGGAGUACUUGCACUUGGGAUGGACGACAAAACUGCAGCCUUAUCAUUCAGAAUGCGGGCCGCUCUGCCCUCAAGAUCUCUGCCCACACCAGUCAUCACUUGCCUCAUGAAUACGAAGGUUGCGACAACGGAGUUUUGGAAUGGGAUGCCUUGCAUCCCUGGUUCUUGGGCUGCCGUCGCACUGUCCGCUUCACUCAUGAACUGCAAGAGCUUUGGAUCACUUCCUUAGAUGGUGUCCGGGCCAUCAAAAUCAAUGACGAUCAAAUCCUGCAAAAGUCACCAGUGCUCUUCAAACGUGAGAGCCUCUUCCAGUAUUGCGUGAUGGAGCACAAACACGACCCAUUUGGCUUCUACUUUGCAGAGUGUAACUGCGCCUACUGCAUGAGACUUCUAACAAUUUCCAACCUCUACAACAUCCUCUACCAGCACAAGUGCUCUGCGCGAUAUGGACUGUUUUGCCCCUGCUUUGAGGCCUCAGAGGUUCAACAUGACAGCUCCACCUGGACUACCCUGGAUCCCUUGCGACAUAUGAGGAUCCACAUUUGUCGUGGCUGCGCCUACACAUCACACUGCGCCAAGAUGCUGAAGGUGGCGACAUGCGAAGUCUCCGACACUGGCUACCAGCUGGGAAACCCCUUUGCUCCAACCAUUCUGGACAACGGUUUCCUCAACACCUCCUUGGACCAGAAUCGAGUCCCCACGGGCUACCUCCGUGGAGACGCUUGCAAUUGCGAGCCCCAGGUCCGGCCCUACAUCGGCGACGAUGAGGGCCGCUCUGGGCUGUGCUCGGACCAAUCCAUGCUGGGCUCUGGGACCUUCGCGGACCUCUUCGGUUGCGCGGAUCUUUGUCGGCAAACAGCUCGCUGCAGCUUUCUGACGUACUGGGAGGAUACGGAAGAAUGUCGUAUCUACAAGGAGUGUUUUUGGGAGCUGUGCACCAACGAUUAUUGCUUCCAAUCCACCAGCUACAGGAAUGAGGCCUUGGGCGAUCACCUCACCUUGCGAGGCUAUGUUCAGGAGUUCAUUGUAUUUCCCCGCCGGACCUUGCAGACCAAUUUCGAUGAUUGCAAGAGUUGCCUGCAUCUCUACGAUGAAGUCCACUGCCUGCAUCAGUGUGGAAAUCCAGAAUUGGUGCCAUACCUACACUGGCCUGCUGGGCAGGCAUGUUCUACUUGCAUUUUUGCUGGCAACCGCAUGCAUGAGAUGAACUUGGCGCAGACGCAGAUUGUGAAGGAUUGCGUCUAUGAGGCCAUUCGCAACAGCCAGGACCCGUGGGUGGCCUGCGACACAGUGGCAAUGGAACAAUCUGGUGCUAGUGCCAUGGACUUGUUCAACGGCGUCACCACGCAUUUCUUAAGCGAAUGCCCAGGUCGUGGCUUCAAUGAUGUGGGCUCUGUUUGUGUGCCCAACCUCUACGCCAUGAACUCCUUCCCCUUGCAGGUCUUGUCUCGAAUGGCAGCCAUCAACGACACAGUUUGGGGAAGUGAGCUUCAGUGUAUCAACGCAGUGUGUGAGAUCGUGCCACAGUGGAUGUGCUACCAACGUUGGGUUGAGUGGGUCUUGAACACAGAUACCAGCUCCAAUGGCAUUGUGCAAGUCAAUUCCACCGUGGUAAACGAUGCACCGGUCACAGGUGCCUCAGUGGGCUUGAAUGGUGAGCUGGUUCCUGGCUAUUUGGACUUGAACAAAACCAGAGAACAGUUCAUGGUGUCCGACCCUGUUCCACUUGAGACGGAGAACGCCACCUUGGAAGCAUGGAUCAAGCUGGGUGAGGUGGAGGAGAUUACCAACAUGGUCCUGGAGGUGCCGGCAACAUCAGAUUCUGAGUGGAGUGAAGACUAUCUGCCCAAGUUUGCUUGCGAUGGCAUUCCAACCACCUACUGGUCCUCGCAAGUUGGGAUUCCAGGUAUCCAGACGCUUUCGGCCAGCCUUUGGUUGGACUUGGACGGAUUUCAGAACGGUGGAGCGGUCAUCAUCUUCUGGAAGGAGCCGGCUGCAGACUACAGCGUUUGGGUCUCUCUCGACAAUGAAUCAUGGUGGAACAUCAUUGACGUCACGAAUAACCAGGACACGUUCAGCUACCAUCAGGCCUUUUUCGGUGCCAACUUUUUGCGGCUGGACAUGACACGUGCCGCUUCCACUCGUGGUCCUGGCAUCAAUCAAGGGAAGCCGGUCUUCUCGAUCUAUGAAUUGGAAGUUCAGCGAGACACCAAUGUAGCGAGAUUGCAGACGACGACCAUCUACAACUACUUCGACAAGCCACCCAGCAGUGCCAUUGAUGGCGACCUGGAGACCUAUUGGGCCACCGAAACGGGCUAUCCCUCGGCGGAGUUUCAUCUGGACCUAGGGACCUCCAUGCUGGUCAUGGCAACGAAGGUGUCUUGGAGAUUCAAGCCAUCGAUUGUGAAGGCCUUUGUGGGUCCCAACCCUUGCAGCGAUGGGACUCCAACUGAGCAGAUCUUCAGUUUGUCCUCUGGUUUGGUGCUGGACGAGUUUGAGAUGACGGUCAACUGGCAAGGUCGCUGCAUGAUGAUCAUCAUCGAGCAGACCCGUGAAUUUUUCGGAGAGCGUUACGUUGGACUCAGAGAAAUCGAGCUUUACACGGACAGCGACAAUUUGUCACCAAACUCCACUAUCAACUCAAGCUAUCCACCACAGGAGUUCCACCUCACCGAUGUGCAGAAUUGUAUCGAUGGCAACGCCAGUAGCUACUUCUUGGUGCAGCCACAGGAGACUCCCACUUCGAUCACCAUUGACCUGGGAGCUUUGUACAAGGUGAUGAGCAUUGAGAUCCGCUUCGCCGAGAUCAAUGGUUCCCAGUACUUUGCGAGUCGCUUCUACACAGAGAUGGCCGAGGAACUCGUCGACUGGGACUUCCGGAUGGUGGAUUUUCGACAACAGUCGCGUGACAUGAGCGUCUACUUUCAGCUCUAUCGCACGGGCCGUUAUGUGCGCUUUGUCUUCGAGCAGGUCUUCGGAUUAAACCCGGAUGGUCGCCUGGGCAUCGAGGAUUUCAUCAUCAGGAAAGUGAGUAGCAACCUGGCUCUCAGUGCUGGUGUCUCUGCAGCUGCCACCAACUCAUUCUCAGAGUGCUCCAAGUGCGCCAUUAUCUAUGAUGGCAACUUCCGACCUCAUGAUGGCUCAUUCGCUGUGGAUGAUGACUUCAACACGUGGUUUGGGGCAAUGUAUGGCCUCACAGAUUUCCCGAACGCUUACCUGCAGGUCAAAUUCCCCGCCACCGUUAUUAUUGAUAUUGCUGCAAUACGCUGGAAAUAUCCCGCCACCGAUGUCUAUGGCCUGUGUUCCCUUGGCGAAACGGGGGAGGAUUUCACCACGGUGGGCAAUGUGGAGAAGAACGUUGACUACGUCACGCCUGUGGUCUUCUACAGCUCGUAUGCAUGCCGCAGGGUACGCGUGACCCUUGGGCCCAACAUCGGCACCUUGGGCGGACAGCCGGUGAUUGCCAUCCGGGAGAUUGAAAUCUACUCCACCCAGACGGACGUGACCUUGAACCAACCCAUCACCUCCAGCGAUGGAUCGCUGUCAGCCUUUGCCACGGAUGAUAGUGAUGUGACGGUUUGGACCUCGCUGACCCUGGAGCAGACCUCUUUGACGAUUGAUACAGGAGCCAACUUCUCUGCUUGGGGAGCCCGCAUUUUGAGCCCUUCUACCAGUAUCAUCGAUUCCUUCCGGAUUCAGGUGUCCGAUGAUGGCUCAGAGUUUGAUACCGUCUACACAGCUCAGGGCAAUCGAAACAAUGACCUGUGGGUCAUCGAACGAUUUUCCGGCAGAUAUGUGCGCUUUGUCUUUAUUACAUCGCUGGCCAACGCUUUCUAUGUCCGGACAUUGAGGGUCUUCGCAACCGAGAACCUGGCGUUGGGACAAGAGACCUACGCACCGUACCGAUGGGAUCACUCUGGCAUCGAAGCAGUGGAUGGUCUCAAUGAGACGAUUUGGCUUUCUGAGCCAAUGGCCACCAGCGCCAACGUUCGAUUGGAUCUGAGAGAACAGACCUUCAUUGCAGGUGGCCUGGAAGUCUUUUGGCUCUAUCCACCAACGGACUUCGGAAUUUACCUGAGCAAUGACACAUCCACCUGGGAAUUGCUUUGGAGCAUCUCAGGGAACUACGAUUACGAAACGCGUGUGGGGUGUCCUGACCUCUGCUUCUGGGAAUCUCGUUACGUUGAGAUCCGCAUGACGCGAGCAUCAGCGCUUAACGGUGACGGUUUGUAUGCCAUCAAGAGCUUCAAUGUGUACUUUGAUACCAAUCUGGCGCACUUCAAGCCAAUCACUGCAACAAAAACAAUGCCCGGCAACCCCUUUGGCCCGGAGAACGCCAUCGACGGGGACGAGAGCACCUUCUGGAUGCCGGCGCAGCUGCCCAAAGCGGGACAGCCCAACUUCAUCACCCUCGACAUGACGUACGAUGUGCUGUUCUGCGGUUUCCGCAUCAACUGGCGGCGGCCACCGGUCCAGUUCUAUGCAGAGUACGAAGAGGCUGACACCUUUAUUUGGAAGAUGUUGCGAAGGUGGACGACUCCACCAGGAAAUUACGCCAACGUUGGAUACCAGCAGGAUUGGUUCGAUGGCUUCCCUGCACGAAGAAUGCGCAUCGUGGUGGAGGAGAUCCAGCUGUGGCCCGAGGGCCGCGUGUGCGCCCUGACGGAUGUGCAUUUGGAGAUCUGGGACCGAAGCGAGAACCUGGCCUUGAACCGCGAGGUGAUCCCAUCAGAGGAGCUGAUUUUGGGCAACCUGGCCAAGUUUGCAGUCGAUGGAAAUGAACGAGGUACCUAUUGGUACCCUGCCGAAGGUUCUCCUCAAGCGUGGAUCAUCGUUAAGCUGGAUCCGGUGGCACCAGUCCCGGGCUUGCCACCUCAGGGCCAUCCAGUGGGGCGAAUCAUCAUCAUGUGGCGCUUCCCACCAGGCGACCUGACCUUGGAGCGGGAACUGAAUGAGGAAUGGCGAGUGAUGAAACAAAUCACCGACAACACAGGGCUUCGAACUGAUUGGUCUGGCAUGCGGAGUGCCAAUGCAAUCCGGCUGACCAUCGACAAGACCAGAGUUGUUUGCGAUCCACCAGACCCUUUCUGUCAAGAGAUUGGCGUGAUGGAGAUUUGGGUCUACAAAUACAGCUACGCCUUGCCCACCACUGUGGAGAUGGAUACCAACCCAUGGAGUGCAGUGGCGGAGAACAUGGUGGAUCCCAGCACGGACACCUAUUGGAUGGGACCACCUCUCUUUGAUGGCGACAACAUUUACAUCUCGAUUGAUCUUGGCAAGAUCUACAACGCCACCGAUAUCGAGGUCUACUUUGGCUGGCGCGCCCAGGUGGUGUACCUAUCCAUGUCUGAAGAUGGCGUGAACUAUGUGGAGAAAGGCCUCUCCAGCGGCAAUGUCCUUGGUCUCCUCACCAUGGCUGAGAAGGGUCUGACUUUUCAAGUGAGGUAUGUGACCCUGUGGAUCCAGCGUGGUUUUCAGGAUGCUGAGACCGGAAAGUGGGGUACAACGAUCAGAGAUUUUGGUGUCCUUCAGUUCUCGAACAUUGUCAGAGGAAAGGUGCCAUUGACAAACAGUCUCUGGGAAUAUCCGCCUUCCUGGACGGUCGACAAUGAUUUGAACACGGAGUGGACGGCCCGCUUUGGCGCCUUAGAGGCGAAGCUCAUCUACGACCUGGGCCGGGAACGCAACGUUGCUGGGAUGACUUGGGUCUUUGGCCACAUUGCUGGCCGGGUGGAUGUCCACCACGCCAACCGUAACGACAAUCGUAGCAAUUGGCAGAAGGCCUACUCUCUCGUGGGCAAUGUUGCAGACACCACGGUUGUUCCAACCACUGUGCAUUUCAAAUGUCGCUUCAUUCGGCUGACACUGCAUGAACCGCGAACGAAGGAAUUCUGGCAUCCGGACCACUAUGAAGACACUGAGUUGUGGAAUACUAUGCUGUCGCUGAAGGAUUUCAAAGCGUACGAACACACUGGCGGUGGUGGAGUACUUGGCUUCCAAUCCGUGGAUGGCAUGCAGUACACAACAGUGGCUUAUGGUUUGCGACAGCCAGCUGAGUGGAUCAUCGCAAGUGAGGAAGACAUCGCGACACAGGACAUUCAUCCUGGGAUACCUUACAAUGACGUCGGGCAGAUCGUGCACAUUGCCCUCACCAAGCAGAGGGUGGGUGGCACCAGCACACACCGCAUGAUGCAGUACUCCUUCUAUCGAAAUGGCUUAACGUAUGGUGAGCCAUAUACUGUUACAGAGCCCAUCAACAGGAUGAACGGUCCCAACAACGUGCGCGUGGUCCUGGGUGUGCGCAGCUCUGCGCACUACCCUGUGCCCGCCACGGAGCCAGGACCCAACGACAUCGACCCGCGGAAAAAUGUCAUUCAUGGCGUGACUCACUCUCCCUUCUUCGAAGGCUGGAUCUACAAUGUGACCCUCUUCAAAAAUGCCCUCACUGCUGAGGAGGUGCGAGGCCUUUACGAGGCUCAUGCACAAGGAGGGCAAGAGGUUGGUUGUCAUUGCUAUGACGCUUGCCCUACUGGUGCCAACCGCUUCUUCCCCAACGUCCAGGUGCCAUGUUCUGGACAGGGUGCUUGCUUGCGGACCAGCGGCCAAGCCUUUGCCUUCGGACGGUGUGAAUGCAAUCCUGGAUACUCUGGAAGUGCGUGUGAAAGUCACUGUUCGGACCUUUCCAUUUAUGGCUGCUGUGAGGUGGAUGACGAUUGCCCAGUUGGAGUCACUUGCAACGUGGCCACCAGAGCCUGUUCAGAGUGAGCUUCCGCGGCAAUCCGCAAUGCUGACUGCAACGUCCAAGACGUGGUCUUCGCCAAAGACUUGGCAGUGAUAACGAACUGGGCAGCUCCGAUCAGCUGCCCCGGCGGCCGCGCAGGACGCUUUGG